UAGCUCCCUCACCCCCAGUCCCCACUAUACUCCAACUCCAUAUAAGGCAGCCAUGUAUCCCUUUCCCUUGCAUUGUACCAUCACCUUCCUCCUGUUUUUCUUGCCUGUCUCCAUACUCACCAGUUGCUUUUGAGGAGCUGAUCGAGCUACAAGCAAUCGGGCAAAGGAUAUUUCCGAGCUAGGUAUUAUUGCAAGGAAGAAUUAAUAUGCAUCCAGGAGGUGGACCACUGUCGGUGCCACCAGGCUUCCGCUUCCACCCGACCGACGAGGAGCUCCUCUACUACUACCUGAGGAAGAAGGUUUCCUAUGAGCCCAUAGAUCUUGAUGUCAUAAGGGAGAUUGAUCUCAACCAGCUUGAGCCAUGGGAUCUCAAAGAAAGGUGCAGGAUAGGCACCGGGCAUCAGAACGAGUGGUACUUCUUCAGCCACAAGGACAAGAAGUACCCGACGGGAACAAGGACGAACCGCGCCACGACGGCGGGGUUCUGGAAGGCGACUGGGCGAGACAAGGCCAUCUUCCUCGGCAACGCCUCCAGGAGGAUCGGCUUGAGGAAGACCCUGGUGUUCUACAUCGGCAGGGCGCCACACGGCAAGAAGACUGACUGGAUCAUGCACGAGUACCGCCUGGACCAAGAGAACGUUGAGAUUCAGGAAGAUGGUUGGGUGGUGUGUAGGGUUUUCAAGAAGAAGAGCUAUCACCAGAGAGGCCUCAAUCCGGCUGAAAUGGCCGCCGCACUGGACGACGACGAGCUCCAGCCUUUCCCUGUUCCUAUCCCCGGCAGCUCCCUGCAGCCAACAGAGCACAAGACCAACCCUACUCACCUCAUGCAAUAUGACUAUCCUUCCUUCGACCCUUCCAUGCAGCUCCCACAGCUGAUGAGCGAUGACCAGGAACAGGAACAGCCCGUGCGGCCAACCCUCCUCCCCGGCCAUCCCGGCGUUGCUAUGGCCUCCAUGAGCUCACUCAACAUUGAGUGCUCGCAGAACCUGACGAAGCUCACAUCUAACGGCAGCGACGAGAUGCUCCACGUCGGCCACGGCGGUGGGGCUGGAGGUGGUGUAGUCGUCGACCGCUUCGCUGGCACGACGACAGAUUGGUCGAUCCUAGACAAGCUCCUCGCCUCGCACCAGAACCUCGACCGGCUCUUCCACGGCAAGGUCGUCACCACGGCAUCUGCCUCCCCAAUGGCGGUACCGGUAUACCAUCAGCAGCUCAUGGAACUCGGUGGCUCGUCGUCGUCCUUGCAGAGGCUUCCACUGCAGUACCUCGGCGGCGAGACGGCCGAUCUCCUCAGGUACCCCAAGUAAUUGGAUCGACCUCAAGUUUAGCUACCUCUCUCUUGUUGAGCAGUGACCAGAUCAGGGUUUUUGGUUGACUACUAGAUCGAUCGACUGCUUAAUUAAUUCGGUCUACUUUGUAUGGAGAGUUUAGUGCUCCUAAAUGUAUAUAUAUGGUGCAACUGUUUUGGGCAUGCAGGCAUGGAAUGCCAUCUACUGUGGUUGAUUGUGUUUGGUCA